GAAGACGUGGAUCUGCUGCCGAAGAAGGAUCCUUUCCGGGAAGGAAUAGAUGAUGACGAAGGAUUCAUUCAUGAAGCAUCAAAGGAAAAAGCCGUCGAUACCCACACCUUGCAGAACUUGGCCGCGGCGACUGGUCGAGUGCCUCUGGCGCAGUUAGGACUGUCAGAGAAGGAGAUCUACACACUCUGUGCAAGGUUCGCGCCUAUUGCUGCCAAGCAUUGCUACCUCCCGAAAGUCGAAGAGCAGUUUUUGGAAAAGUGUCGUGGAUACAAUCAGGAUUGUGCUCAAUUUCAAGCUCAGGCGCGCCCACUUGGUGCAGUUGCAAACGCUUUCUCAUCAGGCGUCGGACUAACCUACUAUAACUGGGACGUGAAUGGAAUACCAUACUAUGCAGUGAAUGAAGAAGGGUCAAUCGGCAAUGGACACAACGGCAAGGUCGACUUCGGCUCAUGGGGAGGUGGCUAUUCGAGCAAUCUGGGUGUGCGCGACUAUUACUCCCAAACACAAGAAUAUGGUGCUAACUGGUAUGAAGGAUUGUAUGGAUACAAGACUGGAUGGAGUAUUCCAGUUGUUCAGAGUGCGGGUGUUGAAGGAGGUGGUGGAACCCAGGUUCACGUACCACUGAAAGAGGGCGAACUCGGCCGUCCAAUCCAAGCCACAAGCGGCUAUCAUGUCGGACCGUACUUCGGCUAUGCUGAUCGCGUCGGCGUUGACUGGUACAACGGUGGAGUGUCAUUCAACAGGGGAGUGGCCAGUCCUUUUGUGGGAAUUGGUGUCAAUUCCGGUACCGCUGUCGGCUUUCCCUCCAUUGGUACGAUCAUGAGUAGAGUGGGAAUCAAGGAUAUGGACCAGCUGGCUCAAAUGGUAGCAGCAGCAGGCGCUCGAACCCAACAAACCACCGCCAUCGGAGGGUGA